CCAUACAUAGGCCAGCCUAUUAUAAAACGACCUAAAGGUUGACGACAUCGGAGGAUAAUGGCUUCUUCGGCAACUAUCAGAUCUGAAAUUUACGACCGAGAAGAACGCAAGCAGCAAUACCAAGCGCACAUUCGUGGCCUCAAUGCUUAUGAACGCCACAAGAAGUUCUUGAAAGACUACGUUCGUUUCUAUGGCAAGGACAAGCCGACAGAAGUCAAGCUCCCGCUUAAAACCGACCACGACACACUUAGAGAAGGAUACCGGUUUAUACGUUCUGAAGAAGAUGAUUUGAACCCUUCUUGGGAGCAAAGGCUGGUGAAGCGAUACUAUGAUAAGCUUUUUAAGGAAUACUGUAUAGCUGACAUGUCAAGAUACAAGACUGGUCAGAUGGGUUUAAGAUGGAGAACGGAAAAGGAAGUAAUGUCAGGCAAAGGGCAGUUUAUGUGUGGGAGCAAACAAUGUCAUGAAAUAGAAGGGUUAGCGAGCUAUGAGGUGAAUUUUUCUUAUCACGAAGCUGGAGAACACAAACAAGCCCUUGUUAAACUCGUAACUUGUGAGAGAUGUGCUGAGAAGCUUUACUACAAAAGAGGAAAGGAUGCUGAAAGAUCAGAGAGUAAAGAAAAGAAAAGGCAGAAACGUAAACGGAAUCGAUCAAGUAGUGAAGAUGACAUAGAGGAAGAGGAAAGGAGAAAAGGAAAAAAGAACAAGUCCAAGCUGGAAGGUUGUGAGAGAGAAGGCAAGGAUGAUGAAAACUUCGACGAAUUCAUGGAAGGAAUGUUUCCGGGGAAGGGUGAUAAUUAGAGUUUCAGAAGUUAAACCCUGUUUGUAUCAUAACCUAAGACUUAGUUUGGGACCAUAACAUCAAUUACUUUUAUUUUUAUUUUAGUUUGGUGUUGAUACCUAAGUAUAUACAACAAUAGGACUUCUCACA